CAGGACCUCAGCUGGGCGCCCUUGACGCGUACAGAACACCGAGCAGCGCCUUCCUUUGUCCGCCUGAUGGCCUCAGCGCCUCCAAACACACGUUUCCCGCAAUAGAUGUCGAGGGAACUGCUCCACUCACCUGCCCUGGGGCCUCACACGCGGCCGGACAGCUUCGUUCGCAUCGACUUGCGUGGCACAGCAGCCACGCUCCGUCAACGUUCCAGGGCCGCGCAGUCCGAAGUCCAUCAUCGACUGACCCGGACGGGCUGCCCGUACCGCUUCAUCGUGCGCACUCCGGCGCCCUGCCUGCUUCUACUUGACCCCGCGUUAGCAUGUGUGUAUCGCGAAGCCUGGGGAAGGGAUCACGCGCGCGACUGUUCCAUCCUUCCAUUGGCUAUCUUCGUUCCGCCGAAGAGGCGGCCUGAUUGUGGGCGAGGUGGCCGUGUGGACAGGACUUCGAUCACGUCGGUGUCUUCAACUCACUUCCACCAUGGCCGCAGGGCUAUUGACGGCGUGUUCGUCAACCCAGAUGACGGUGCGUCGUACAGGACUGUGGAUGUCUUCAUUGUUCGAACCCAUCCACCUGCCCACCCGAGCCAUCGUCAUCGACUGCUCGUUCUCGCGUGUUGGACAACGGAUUGGAGGGCCGUUCAGAGACUGCUGCGCCUCAGCAGUGUCUGCAUCCGAAGAAUUCGAGAAAGUCGGACAUCGAAUAGAGUUUCCACGUCCAAUCUGCUGCGCCUCAUUUCUGUCAGUCUGGCUCGCCCACUCUGAAAGCAAAAGCUCUCACACAUGCGCCGUGGCAGGCGACCCCGUGAGUCUUCUUUCUUCGAUGCUUCAUAGAAUGAAGAUGCUGCAGAUUGCAGUGGACAGAUACUGUGAACAUCA